AUGGCUUCAGUUGCAGCACUAAUCCAAGAGGCAGCACCGCGCAACAAAGAGCUGUUGGGGGUCCUGCGGGAAACGGAUCACGCGCGGCCAGACCUGGAUCAACAAAAGCGAUACAUUGCUGAUCUAGAUGCCCAAUUAAAAGACAUUGAAAAGCGCGUCCGCGAGCUCUCUAGGAAGCGGAUGAAAGAGCUACAGGAUCAUGAGAAGUAUCGUGAUUCUGUCAUGCGCCGCUUUGCCUACAAGGUGGGCCGCAAGACUGAAAAGUUCGACGCCAAGGCCGCCAAGGAGGAGCGCGAGUACUUUGACGCAUUGCAGGAGGAACACGGGGCGAAGGAGCAGCAGAAAGGCUUGACCUCUCUCCGCCAGGAAGCGUUACGUGCGCAGAGCGACCUUGAGCAGAAGGUUGCGCGCCAUGUGCAGGCCCAGCAAGAUCUUGACGGUCUAUACAACUCGAUCUUCCAGGGUCCCACCCCAGACUUCCCAGAAGAGGACAACCGAGAGCGCCUGUACACUGUCAACCUACAGAAAUACCAAGAGUCCAGAGGCAAGUUUGAGAGGCAGAGCCAAGCUGUGCAGAGCCUCAGGGAUGCCUCAGAUCGGCUGGCUAACGCCGGUCGGUUCAUAGAGGAGGCCCUCGAUCACAGCCGGAUGGAUAUGUUUGGCGGAGGAAGCAUCACAGACAUGAUGGAGAGGAAUGCCCUCCACAACGCCGAGAUGCAGGUCAAUGAUGCAUUUUGGCAUGUCUCACACGCAAGACGCGAAGACCCCACUAUUCACGAGCUACCCCCCUUGAAGAUCGCCAAAGGAAACAUUAUGAGCGAUAUGCUAUUCGAUAAUAUCUUCACCGAUAUGGCAUUCCAUGACAAGAUCAAGGACUCGAGUCAAGAGCUGAAGAUGUGCGUCAAGGUCUUAGCUGCCCAGAUCCAGGGCGCAAUGGGCAGGUGUCAAGAGCUUGACUGGGACCAGAAACAGAAGUCGGAGGAGCUUGACAAGGCGCGGAUCGAUCUGCAGAAGGCCAGGGAGUCUAUCUUUGAGCGGACUGGCGGCGGAGCAGAGGCACCGCCUAGCUAUGAGGCCACGCAGAUCCCGAAAUAG